CAUGAUUGUGUUUAGUUUUAUUGUUCAUCUCUCGAAACCGAAAACAUUCCGUCCAAACGCAGUAUACCGGACGUUUUUAUAUUUACAAUGAGAUAAUAUUCCAUGUGUGUUGAUCCUGCGGUCAUAAGAAAGUGGCGGGAGUGGCGGAGCACAGGGCGGACACAGCAAGAUGACACGCCCGGGACCUCCGAAUGAGAACCUGCCGACCAUCAAGCUGGUGGUGGUGGGAGAUGGCGGCGUGGGCAAGAGCGCAAUCACCAUCCAGUUCUUCCAAAAGCUGUUCGUGACGGACUACGACCCCACCAUCGAGGACUCCUACAUCCAGCACACCGAGGUUGAUGGCCAGUGGUGCAUAUUAGAUGUCCUGGACACGGCGGGGCAGGAGGAGUUCAGCGCGAUGCGCGAGCAGUACAUGCGCAAGGGCGACGGCUUCCUGCUCGUGUACUCCGUCACCGACAAGCAGAGCUACGAGAACAUCCGCCACUUCCACACGCAGAUACUCAGGGUCAAAGACAGGGAGUCGUACCCGAUGCUGCUGGCGGCCAACAAGGUGGACCUGGUGCACGCGCGCGCCGUGUCGGAGGACGCGGGCCGCGAGCUGGCGCGCGCGCUGGCCGCGCCCUACAUCGAGACCAGCGCCAAGGAACCGCCGCUCAACAUCGACGCCGCCUUCCACGAGUUGGUCCGCAUAAUCCGCAAGCACCCGCAGCAGGAGGAGAAGCAGCGCCGGCGCCGCAAGUUCGGCAAGUGCGCGCUGCUGUGAGGGGACGCGCAAGUGACGACUCCGGCCACGCACAGGCCAACAGGACAGGCUCGGUACGUGCGAACAAUAACUAGCAAACUGCAGUACGUUCGAGAUUAUCGCGGUAACCAUGGCAACGACGCUGUCGAUGAGCCAAUGAUUGCACUUUCACACUGAGAUGUGAUUUUCAGAUCCCCGUCGAUUGAGUGUGUUGGCUUUCAUAGCUGAAGUCAUUUAUCCUAAUAUAGUGUGUGUAUUAUUUAUUCAUUUGUUAGAUACACAUGACUUGUCAUAAAUAUGUGUUUUAUAUUCCAACACAUAAUCGACUGAUCGAGUGAUUCAUUAUAUCCGAAACUGUGUUAACAAACGAAGCACAAAUAUAUUAAUAUAGCCUAUUUAUUAAACAAAUGUAUAAAUGUACGAAACAACUGAUGUAUGAACAAAAUAUUCCAGUUCAUGGAGAAAUCUUUUAAUAAACUUAUAAUGUCUACCAAAGAAUAAUAAUAUAUUAAUUGUUUGACUUUUCAUAACGUGUUAUAUUUAGCAAUUCGAUUUCUUUGCAAGAAGUUCAGAGAAAUAUGUGUGAGACAGAAUAUUUUUAUAUUUUCGACUUUAUCACAUAGGUGUAAAGAUCAAAUUAUAACUGCACAAAGUAUAGAGUAGGCUUGUAUACUCAAUGUGUUACGCUGUAGGAUGUAUAUUUUGUGAUUAUAUGAGAUUAAAGCCAAGUUUUGCGUUGAGUAUAUUCGCUUAUGUAUAUUGCACAAUAUUGGUAUGUAGCUUAGAUUUUAGGGCCUCUACUGACUGCUCUGUACCAUACAUCGUAAUAAAAUAUAUUAUAAUAUAUGUUCAAGAUUUUGAUUCUCAAGGGUUUUGAAUAGUGCUCAGUGGUCAGUAGAAACCUGUGAGUGUUGCUUUACGUCUACCAGACGAUAAAGGUAUUUAUUUGUAUUGUUUAUUCCAUAUACAUAACAUGUACCAAUGCAUAGCAUUUAUUUUAGUUCGGUAAGUGUCCAUAGAGUAAGUGACAAUCACGACCAAUACAAUGUUCUCAACUUCAUUUAUAUCAAGACUGUUCAAAGGUUGGCGCAGACUGUAUUGAAACCAGUUAAAUUAGGUUUUAAUACUUUUGUCAUUUUUUUCAAAAAAAAGUUAAAAGUUGUAGAAAACUAUGUGUAACCCGUCUGGUAUAGUGUGUGCAUACCUUAAAUUAUUCUACCAAAGUUUUGUGUCACAAGUGUUCGAUUGAAACUGGCUUUAAAACAAUGCAUUUAACAUUGAAACCAAAGAGGUUCUGGUUUGUUAUUUUUUAUUUCUAACGUAAAUUAUUUACUAAUUUUUAACAUUGUUGUUAAGGCGACAAUGUCUGAGUACCAAUUAAAUAGUUAUGGCAACAUUCUGGUGUUAAUCAAUGGUCCCUUUAGUAUUGAUUGGUAGUCAGACGUAGUCAGUACAUUAGUUGUGAGUUGCGAGGUGUCGGCUAGACGAACACGACUACGGUGACAAAGCUGAACUAGUAACAUUAAGGCUGAAUCAUUUUCAACAAGUAUUAUAUAAUGUAUAGUCGGAUUAGUUUCCUCAUCUAUUGUAAAGUGUGGCCACACUGCUCACAUCUACUGCAGUAAAACUAAAUAAUAGUUUGUAUUGAGAUCUCAUCUAAUAGUACAUAAUAACUGUAAUUUUCUCAUUAUUAAUAUACUUCGUCCUUUAAACAAUCGUAGAAACGAUUAAAACCCGAAGAAAAAGUUGAAAUAAUGAAUUCUAUAAACAAAUUCAUUGGUAUAAUUGUUCAGUGUGGCCACAUUAAAACUAUAUACAAACAUCGCGUCAAUAUCGGAGAGCCAGCGGUGUAAACCGUAUGGCGUACAGACAGACCGAUAUUCAAACCCGCGCUAGGUGUAAGUGAAGCCACUAAGUAACUCGUGAAGGAAUUGAACUCGAUGUAAGUGUUUCAUAUAGCUAGCGAUAGUAAGGCCUACUUAACUAUAGGAAUAUAGUGUAGUUCUAGCACAGAACUAUGUCACUAACAUUUAUAAAGCUGAUGAGGAAGCAGUAUUUGUUCUAUUAAAAUUUUAAAACAUUCAUCUCUACAAAAACGCGUUCCAGAGGACAAGAUAAUCUCCAGAAUAGAAAAAGAAUUCAAAACUUGAAACGUAAAGGAAUGACAUUCCUAUUCGAACUUUACUUUGGUUUGUCAGUUCUAACUAAAUACAAGUCGCAACGUCGACAAACCCCGAGGCAUUACCGCAAUAUUAAAAAAAUAAUUUGUCUUAUAACACUUAUAGUUCUGUGCUAGAAUUUCGAAUAGUAUGUAUCCCAGUUGUAAACCCUUCGCGGUAAUUGUUUAACCUCGGCCCGACAGAUGGCGCUGUCCGUCACAAGUCGCGGCCAACAGUCGCGCUAGAUUAUAAACGUGUUUACUGUAAAAAUUUCUUUGAACAAAUAAUUGUAUAUUAUGUGAUAAGAUUCAUGGUGACGACACAUUUGUGGACCUUGUCUAAGUAAAUGACAAAAAGUAUUUUGGUAACAUAUAUAUUUCUGUGUUGCUUAAAAGCGCAGCAAAGUAAAAUAUGUCGAUGUUCUUUUAAAACAUUUGUUAUUUAUUAUAACUAUUUCUGAUUGCUGAAAAUGUAAUUGGCCGCUAUUGAAACCCCAUAAAGCAAGGUGUAUAAUGUUAUAUUUAAAUUAAGCGUGGUCCACAGAUAGUGUCUGUGUAAUAGAAUUUACAAAGUAACGGAGAACCCCCGAGGAGCGCGCGCCGCACUCCUAGCUUUAACGUAGCAUAGUCACUGAGCUUCCGACAUAACCUCAUAUGCAAAUGCUAGCAAACAUGUAUACCAUAUAUAAUACCUGUUUGGUUUUAAGUGUUGAGAAUGGCAUAGGAAGGUAAUAAUGUGUGAUGACCACAAACCAGUAUUUUGUAUUCGAUGUAUGCUAGAAAAAAUCCUCAAGGAUAUAAUGAGAACAAAUGCCUGGAUCUCACAGAUCUUACGAAACAGGAAUGACGCCCGGCGUUUUUAAAAGUAUUUAGAUGUUAGAGGCCACUGAUGAUGAAUUCAGAAAACUUGGAUAUCUUCAAUAAAGGUAAAAGUAAAGUAACACUAUUUUAUAUUUUCACACACAGUUCGCCAUUCUCAACCAAAGAGUUAUAUUAUAUUUAAAACUUCCACAAAAGUAAAAUAUACUGAAUAAGCAUUAAGUGUUGAGAUUCCUUACAUAUUCUAUCGUAGCCUAAGUUCAGAGAUGUAUAGUAUAGCUUGGUGUGACCCGCCCCCCGGCCGCCCCCCGGCCGCGUCCUGCCGCCGCCGCCGGGCUCUAGUCUAAGGUAUACGUGCGACAGUCCCGCCCCCUCGAGCGCGAACGUCGCAUAUUGUUGUUACUAUAUGUUUUGUAUGUUGUAUCAUAUAAUAAAUGUAGAAAUGUA